AUGGCGGAGGCGGCCCUCUUAGACGGCCUGUCGCACGCUGGCCCCCCCCUGGGGCCCCUCGGGCGCCCGCCCCCCUUGAGGCCGCAGCAGAGCGGCGGUGCGAAUCCGGCCGAGCCGAGCGGGAGGGUGGCCGGGGGCGAUGUCGGGCCCCCGGGCCUGGGGGUGGGGAAGGAGGGGGGGAAUGGGGUGGGCGGCGGCCGGCCGGCGUCGCUGGCGCAUUGGGACAUCGUACGGAAGCGCAUCGUUAGCGCGGUGGGCGCGAGCCUGGGCUUCAGGACGCUCAGGGACAUGUACGGGGACUUCAUGCUGGACCCGGGCAAGCUGACAUGGGUGAAGACGCUGGGAGAGGGGAACUACGCGCGUGUGGACAAGUACAGGUACGCGGACGAGCCGGGCGGGGAGUCCUUCUUGGCGAUCAAGCGGCUGAAGAGCAGCAAGGUCUCCGCCCAGGACAUGCUGGAUUUCAUGCGGGAGGUCGAACUGCUAAAGAAGCUGUCCCACGAAAGCAUAGCAACCUACAAGGGGUCUGGGACUCUGCCGUCGGAGGACGGGGCCCAAGAUGACGACUUGUACCUGGCAACGGAGUGUCUCGAUGGGGGGACAUUGCGUGAUGUGCUGAUAAAAGAGAUGCAAGCCAAGCAUCACAGUCAUCAGAAAUACACACUGUUGCAGGCGGCCGAUUGGAUGCUAGAUGUUGCCCGAGGCAUGGCGUACCUACACAAUGCUGAGCCGGUUGUCAUUCACAGGGACCUGAAGCUGGAGAACAUAAUGCUGAACAGCCAGGGGCGUGCCAAGAUAGUCGACUUUGGCCUCCACAAGGUGAUAGACAGAUGGCUGAGAGAAUAUGUAAAGGAUGAGGAAGGGCUGUAUGAAAUGAGUGGAGGCAUGGGGGCAUACAUUUACAUGGCACCAGAGUCAUUAAAAUCUAAUCGGUACAACCACCUUGUGGAUGUGUAUGCUUUUGGCAUCAUCCUGUGGGAGCUGAUGCACUACGAGAUGUUGAUAAAUCGUGUUUCACUACACGGGACGACAGACGACCUCAAGAACUUUGCUAAAUUUGUGUCUAGAGAGGCAUGGCGGCCGCCCAUCUCCAACGACUUGCCAAAAGGGAUAGUUAAGCUGAUAGAGGACUGCUGGAGUCAAAGCCCCUCAGAUAGGCCUGAGUUCAAGGACAUAGUAAGACGUUUGAGGGAAGUGAUUGCUGAGUUGAAGGAGCAGGAAAUGCAGCAAUGUCCUGAAAAGCAACCUUCAGGUCAGCAGACACCGACGCCGCGAGACUACGAUCGACGUGUCACAUCGAGCCAACCGGAGCAAGGGGUGCACCCGCGCCCGGCUGACAGGAAGGCUUGGCGAUUCUGCUGCUUCUGA